CUUUCUUUGCCCAUUCUCCUCAUAACUCGCAAAACUUUUUACCCCCGCGGUCUCUUUUGUUUACCUCAGCAGCUGCGUGGCGGUGGCUGCUGGCUGGCUCGGGGUGCAUCUGCUAGCCUCUUGUUCACCUCAGCAAGGGAAUUCAUAGUAGGGGUGAUCCUCUCUUUGGCCCGAGGUGAUGGAGAGCGAGGCAUCCCAGGACAGCGACACUGUCACCCUCAUGGCAGAGGGUCGGCACUUCCUCUGUAAAAAGACAAAGUUGAUGAACCGCAGUGACUAUUUUAAGGCAAUGUUCUCCAGCAACUUCAGUGAAAAUGAUAAAAAACUUAUAGAGCUUCAGGAUAUAGAUGCAGAUUGCCUAGAGCUGCUGUUGCAAUAUGUAGAGUCUGGCAAUUAUUCCAUUCCCAAUGAAGGUGUGUUUCCCCUUCUGCAGACUGCAGCCAUGCUCCAGUUCAGCAGUGUACAAGAAGUUUGUGAGCAGCAGAUGCUCUCCUCCCUCUCCUGUGACUCCUGCUUGGAAGUGUACUUCAUCGCCUCGGCCCUUGGCAUCCGCAGCCUUGCUUCGGCAGCGCUCACUGUUGCCACCUGGAACUUUGAGAACCUGGCCAUGACGCCACAGUUUCAGCAACUUGCUGUGAAUGAGCUGAAGGAAUAUAUAAGCCACCCUGCCCUCCAUCCCGGAACCAGUGGGGAAUGGGGAGUGUGGGAGGCUCUUGUCAGCUGGAUAGAGGUGUGUGAGGAGGAAAGAGCACAGCACCUGGUGGAGUUGUUACUGUGCCUGGACCUGCAUGGCCUCACCCAGGAGGAUCUUGCCAACAUGCUUUUUUUUAGUGUAGUGAGUGAUAGUGAAGAAGCAGUCCAGCUUCUAGAGUGUGUUAAAGCCUUUAAAAGCAAACAGUGUACCAAAAAGAUUGACUCUGCCACGUCUGGCACCUCUGCAGCAGUAGAAGAAAACACAAACUGGAUACCACAGAGCCCAUUAAGUGGACUAUCAAAUGAGUUAAGGGACAGUUUAAAGGCUGCCUUCAGUAAGCCUGGCCGCAGGCUACCCCGGGUGCCCUGUGUGGUGGGUUUCAAGCAGAACCAUACAACACAAAGACGACGCAAGGCCAAGGACAGCGAUGACGAGGAUGAAGAGAGACACUACAGUCCUGCCGCCCGUAUUAAGAAUCUAGACAUCACGCCUGUCCUGUUUUCCUUUGAUCCCGUGCACAAGAGGAUUGCAGAAGAGCUCACCCUCAGUAAGCUCUGCUAUGGUCCUGUCCAGUGCUCUGGUUACCAAGUGUGUGCAGUGGGGCCAAGCAUUUACAUCCUGGGGGGCGAGUACCAGCUAGGUUAUGGCAACUGGAACACAUCUCUGUGGAGGUACAGCACUGCCUCUAGGAAGUGGAUUGUGGAAGAUUCAUUGCCUCAGCCACGGCGACACUUCAUGUCAUGUGUCAUAGACUCCACCAUUUACCUCCUGGGAGGCUUUGGCAGGCACCGCGUCAUCCAGAGCUCUGUCGACUCAUAUAACACAGCUUCAGGGGAGUGGUUGCCAUGUCCCGAUAUGCCUUACGUUGUUAGCCAUGCAGCAGUGUGUGGCUUUGAGGGGCAGCUCUUGGUGUUUACACAAGAGAUGCAGCUUUUAAUCUACUGCCCCUCCCUUAAGAAAUGGUCUUCUGCUCCUCUCAAGUCUCCCAACACCCUAGGUUACCGUGCUGCCCUUCCCUGGAAACAAUACAUCUACCUCAUAGACAACUGCUCUCCGCAAGUGUACAGGUUCAUGCCAAAGGAAGGCACCACUGUCAUCACCUAUGGCCAGUUCACUGCCCCGCCCAUCAAUGUAUGUGUGGUGGAUGGAAUACUCUACAACUUUUCCCAUGAUGAUCUUUGUGAUGGCCGAGUGGUGGAGACAAUGGAGCUUGAAGGAGGAGACAUGGAUACUGAAGGAAGGAAAGACAGUGGAGGGAAAGAGGACACCCCACAGCCAUCAUCCUCUGGUCCAAUACACUCAAAGGAGGUAUGGAGGGGGAAUAAUCCUGGUCACCAUAUGUUCUCUACGCUGUGUCCAGCUGAGAGUACUUUUUCCUUAGGCACGUUUCCACUCUUAAAACUACAGGUUUGAGCUGCAUGAAGUACUGCUGCUGCUCAGGGAAUUUUGAUAAAUUUUCAUCUCCAUUUCUCUGUUAUGAGUUGAGAAGGUCAACCUAGUGUUCAUCAAAUGGCUUGGUUUGAGAUCUUCAACCUGUGGCUCUGUUUCACUCCAGCUACAUGGCAACUCGUGGUGGAGAGCAGUGUGCUUCAGUAUUUUCUGUGUGUCUGUCUGUAUUGUAUAUACCUUGUAACUAAGACAAGGCAUCUGCAAUUUUCUACAUUCCUGCAAAUCUGUGUCUCUAGGCUUCUAGAGAGGAAAGGACUCAUUCUCACAGUGAUACUGUGCAGGGGUCCAUUGCACAGUCUAACUGGUAGAAUCUGCAGCAGGAAGUGACAACAGACUUGGUUUUAUCCCUGCUGUGCCAUAAUAGACACUUCUUUCCCACACUUGAACCAAUCAGUUGAUCAAAUGUUACACAAACAAACCUCCCAUAGAGAUCCUCAAGUUAUGUGUUCAUUUAUACAUUCACCCCUGUCUUGUUCACACACUUUCUUUUUUACAUUGUCCAUUCAUCUUAAAUUUUUGUCAUUCUCUUAACUUUAAACCUCACAUUAGAUCUAAUCUUUAUUAAGGUUAUUCUCCCAUUCACUUCCCACUUUCUCUAUUCAUUGAGCAAACACUCUUAAACACUUCUCUUCCUUAGUAGUUCUUUAUUCCUUUCUUUAGCUAUACACAUUACUUUGCAUAUACUCCUUAGAUAUUACAUCUCCAGUACAUUUUAUCUUCUCUCAGUUUUUAUCUUGUUUUUCUCUUUCAUCCACAGCAGUCUUGAUGAAAACUCUUAUUCCACCACUUUCAGCCACACAAGGACUCAACAAGUAACACAUAUCUCUCUUACUCUUCCUCUGUCAACACCUAAUAGUUUUCUGAUCAUACUUUCAUUUUUGUCUCAUCCCAAUUUCUUCUUUCUUUGUUUAGUCUCAUCCCAUUUAUUCUCAAUUGCACCAUAACCAGGAACAUUCAACAACACAACCUUCAGGCUUCUUGCCUUUUAUGCCAGGUCUCAUCAUUUGAAAGAAAUAUAUACAGAGGGUGAGGGUGAUGGUGCUUAUGAACAGCUGUCCCUACUAUUUGUAUUCAGGGCAGACAUGUAACAUUCCUAGUGAAGACAUUCAGGAUAUUUGAAUAGGAUGAGUAGUAACCUUUAGAGUUAUGUAAUUGACACAGCAAAUGCCCCAGUUUGUUCAUUAUAAUAAUGGUAUAAAAUCUUACCUAUAUUUGUUGCCUUUGACAUAUGCAAUGAACAGUAAAAGAGCAAAAUUUUUAGCAUCUAUUACAAAUGUGACAGUGUACAAGUGUGAAACUAAUUUGUUUGUCAUUAUUAGUAAGAAAGUUUUCGUAACAGGUAUUAUCAAUUUCAUGUACCAGAUAGCACAACUGUCCAACAAAAGCAAUAAUGAUAGAACAAUCAAAUAUAUAGGAAACAAGGACAGCCACAUAUAUAAUACAGGUCCACCAUCACUAAUCCAGCAAUCACUGAUCUAGUUCCAUCACUAAUCCAGCAGUAAUUUCAGGUACUGCCAUUACAAAUUUCCCACCGCUGCCACCACUGUUUGUUGGCGCUAUUGUAUAAGUACUUGCUGCACAAUUAGCUGGCAUCCUUUCCAAACACAGAACCUAUAUCAAUUUGCUUUCUCCAGUUAUUAUUAAACCUACAGUUUUAACUCAAGCCUUUGUUCAAUGAAUAAAGUAAAUUAUUUUGUUGUGCAAAGUACAAGCACUGUGCAUUAUCUGUAGCAAAUAGGUUAAACUUCUGUAUCUAUUUCUGUGUGAAGCUUGUGUGAACUGUGCAGGAUUGGGUCAUCAGCAAUUUAUGACAAAGAAGUGAAGAAAAUUGCUCAGUUUAUUUACCAAGAGUAUCAAUAGUACUGGAACUAUCAGAGUCUGCCAGAAAUUGAGCACCAGUAUCAGUGGAAAAAGUGACAUUGGCAGUGCCCCAUUUAUUAAUGAAUUUGUACUGAUUUACAGGAUACAGGCAACCCCCACUUAACGAAUGGGUUACGUUCUUAAAAAAAACUUUCAUUGCAUGAAUUUUCAUUUUAAGCGAAACAAUUAUAACAAGUUUGACCCCUGACUUGAACUUCCAUUGAGAGUAAACAGAGCGAGAGUGCAUCAUAGUACAGUGAAAGGUUUAAUGAAAGUAAAAAUUAUGAAGUUUAACAUUUAAGCAGU